UAUAACGUUUGAUAUAGGUUGGAGAAGAGACUUUUCAGUGGUUUUGGUGUGAGUUUGUGGACAGAUAGUAUUGAGUAGUGACAGUUAUGUUGUUGGGCGCGAUGCCGGAAGAGGUGAUUGUGGCCGCGACGGGUAAGAGCCAGAGGGCCACGGACUUUUCUAUUGCGGCUAUUAUGGCGAAAAAUGAGAAUGCGACGGAUCGUGAGGAUAGUGUGUUGGAGGGUAAAGAAAUAGGAAAUGAGGGCCCUCUUCCUACUUUCGUAGGCCCUCCCUCCGACUUAGACCCUCUUGACGAUGACGAAAUCGAAGUAGACGUGGAGGAAUGCUCAGACACAGAGUCUCCCAGGCCUCCCAAGCAGGCCAAACUAUCCCGCCGAUCGCCCACAGUCUCAGAUUGCGGAUCAGAAUUGGCUGAUCCCGACAGAGACAGUCCGGACAUAGUUCCGGACAAAACGCCAACUACGACACCAAAAAAACCGAAAAUUCUUUGUAACUGCGAGGAGUUACUGGGCGUGGAGUGUCACUUGGAGACGAAGGAUCUGUGGGAUAAGUUUCACGAUUUGGGGACGGAGAUGAUUAUCACAAAGACCGGGAGGCGGAUGUUUCCAACUCUCAGAGUCUCCUUCACCGGUAUCAGGCCCGAACAAAGAUACGCAGUACUACUGGACAUAGUACCGGUAGAUAACAAAAGGUACAGGUAUGCGUAUCACCGGUCUUCGUGGUUGGUGGCUGGAAAAGCGGAUCCUCCGGCUCCUUGCAGGAUUUACGCACAUCCAGAUUCGCCUUUUUCUGGAGAACAGCUCAGGAAGCAGGUGGUGUCUUUUGAGAAGGUGAAGCUGACGAAUAAUGAGAUGGAUAAGAAUGGACAGAUAGUACUGAAUUCGAUGCACCGGUACCAGCCAAGGAUCCACAUAGUCAAAUGGAAGGACCACUCUGGCCCCAUUACGGAUCUGGAGCAGGAACAGUACCGUACCUUUGUUUUUCCCGAAACAGUAUUCACUGCAGUUACAGCUUACCAAAAUCAGCUGAUCACAAAGUUAAAAAUCGACUCAAACCCUUUUGCUAAAGGGUUUAGGGAUAGUUCGAGAUUGACAGAUUUUGACAGAGAGCCAAUGGACAGCCUCUUCAUGGACCAGCAUUUUCUCCGUUCCUCACUCAGGCUCUACGGCGGUGAAUCCCCCCUGGACGCGGAGAACAACAACGCCAACUCAUUCUUCUCAGCCGCCAUGAUGGAGAAAGCCAGGGCCCACAUCCAGAUGUGGAACAGAGCAGGAGCUGCGGCAGCUGCCGCAUACAACCCCAGCGAACUUCACGCCUUUCUCCUUAACAGUUCCAGCCAGCAAAUGUUCCUAAACCAGCGAAGUUCCAUGCCUCUAGGACUUGGAAGUCAUUUAUGGUCUCAAGGAGGAGCUUCGUGGCAAAACGCCAUUCACCAAGGGAUACCUCCUGGAUUACUGACCACGUCUUCAAGACCGCAACUGACUCCACCUCCUGCAUCGACUCCAAGUUCGUCAGGAUCACCCAGUCCAACUUCAAUAACGUCAUCUUCGGAAGUGAGGUUACCUAAAGCAGUGUUUCCACAGUCAGCAAUGCACCAUCAUCACCAGCAUAGGUUUAGUCCGUACGCUUCACCUUUGUCAAGGCCCAGUUCGGCAGCGUCACGGUCAAACCACUGAUGGACAGUUGGUGGGGAUGUUUGUUUCUAAAACCAAAGAGUCUACAGUUUGUUGGACCUUAAAUAAAUGUGAAAAUAAGAAAAAAACGUUAUUGGUGUAAUUGUAAAUAUUAGUACAUGGAUUAUACAAAAGGUGUUUAGACAUAGAACAGAGAUUUUAGUGAAGGUUUAUAUACAGGGUGGGUCUUAAAUAAAAGCAAGUGGUAGUUGAACCGGUUUUUUUUUUCAAUCUUGGCAUUUUAAGGAAAAUAUAAAAUUCAAUGGACCUUCUCUAGAAUUUUUGUAGUAUGUUUUAAAAAUCCUGUAUAUACAGGAUGUUUUUUAAUUUAAUCAGUAUAAUAUAUUAAUUUUAAACUGUGAUG